UCGAUCAGUCGUUUGAAAUCCUUCGUUGGUGCAUGUCAUCUAGAACUGUCGUCCAGAAUGAGUGUGUUACGUUUUGCUGAAGAAUUCUCGCAAUUAGUUAUGCGUUACAUGAAGCAUAUGCCAUUAAAUAAUAAAUCAAAAUCCGUUAUCGUGCCCUUGACCAAUGAACAAAUAACGUACACUAUACAUCAUGUGCUUCGCGCACUUGGGAUAAAGAAUGAUGACAAUGAGAAUGACGAUGAUUCUGUGGCAAAUAUUGUGACAUCGAAUAAGGAAGUCGUUUCAACAGAUUUAAUCAGUUCCAAGAUCAAUGGCAGUCAAGAUAAUGAGAAUACAUGCAGAUCUCAAGAUGAAUUUCAAUCCGUAACGGAUUCUUCUCUUUCUGAUACUUCAUUAAAAGCUAUCGAAAAAGAAACGGAGAAUUCUUUGAAUACAUUGCAGAGUGAAAAAAAGUUUAUUUCACGAUCAAAUCCUUCGAUUUGCGUUAUUGGCAGAUCUGAUACUUUUGUUUGCAAAGAAGACCAAAAAUUAAACAAUGAUAUUCAAGAUGACGUGUUUGAGAAUAAUAAUAAUGUAAUUUCAUUACAUAGUCAAUUAAAUAACAAUUUCCUGAAAUCAUUGGCAGAAAUACGAGAGUCUGCUUUAAACAUCACGUUAAAAAUAGAUGAUUUAAAAAAGCAAACAUUCGACAAACAAUCACAGCGAUUACUUUCAAACAGUCUUCUUAAUCUUAAUCGUACAUCAACGAUAAUUAAGAAAGAGCCUACCAAAAUUCGCAGAUCGAUGACAACUUUCUCUGGAUCAAUAUUAUCUCCUAAUUUGCACAUAGCGGAAAAAGAAGAUAAUUUGACUAAUAGACGUAAAAGUACUGGAAUGGCGAAUAAUAUUAUAACUCCUAGAAAAUUAGGAACCACAAAAGUGGAUCAUUCAAUGUCAAAGUUAAGUGAAUCAGUAUUAUAUAAUAAGACAUCACCAGGUUUAAUCCCGAAGCUAACAAAAAAUCCGAAAUACGCCCAUGUGAAAAGUACUAUACCAAAGCCAAUCGUCUGCUUAAAUAAAAGAAAAUCCUCAAUAAUUACAGUAAAAGAAAAAACUGAACCAAUACAGUAAAAAUUUCAGAAUAAUAUACAAUUUUAAUAAUUAUUCUUAUUUGUUAAUUGUUAGACUUAUUAUAGACUUGAAAAUAUUUUACCUUUAAAAAAAAAGAGCAUAUUGUUUUUGA